UUGAACAUUUUAAGUAAAUUUCCAUGGUUUGGUCCUCCCCUCAGUCCCACCUCUUUUGCUUUCGUGUGAUUCAUGUUUGUGUUUUCCUUUUGCACGUGCUGCCCUGCCUUUAGAGCGGCAAACACACCCACUGAGAUUUACCUCAACUUAUAGACGAACACACGAGCACAACUCAGAGCAGAUGAAGAUUUUUGAAUCGUUCAAGAUGGAGAAAAGGGUCAAACGGAAGAAUUCUGUUGGCUCAGUGGUAACAAACAAGUGUAGCCGUCACUGCCUCGGACUUCUGACCUUCCACAGUCAGGCUACUGGAGACCGGAUCCAACUGAGCCCGGAUGGUCUGCAGGCUGAAAGGAUAGGGGACACGUUCAGAGAUGGCCUAGUGUUCACUAGCCGGCCAGUAAGGGUCCAGGAGAGAGUUCAUGUUCGAGUGCAGAAGGAAGAACUGUUUAAAUGGCAGGGAGCCAUGCGGAUCGGCUUCACCAGCGUGCCACCUUCAGACAGAUCUUUGCCUCUGCCCAGGUUGGCCAUCCCAAAUCUGACCCAUAAGCCGGGCCACUGGGCUGCUCCUGUGCCUGAGUCCCAGUGUUCUGCAGGUUCAGAGCUGGUGUUCUGGGUCUCUGCUGGUGGAAACAUAUAUGUAGAAUGCGGCAACACGCGGGACAAAUUUCUUUCAGGAGUGGACCUCAGUCAGCCCCUCUGGGCCAUGAUAGAUAUCUACGGACAGACACGCUCCAUAUUUCUGCUUGGCUCUGAGAUGAAGAGUUGGUUUUGCAAAAGAAAGUCCUGCACUGUUCCUGUACCUGAGCUUCCCAUCUCACCCAAUGACAGCUGUCAUUUGAAUUCUAACGCUUCAACAUCAAGAUAUGGUGAUGAGUGCGUCUCCAACCAUGAAAUGGACAUGUCAGCAGAUGAAACAUGUGUGGUGUGCAUGCAGAGAACAGUCGAAAGUGCCCUGCCCUGUGGCCACAAGUGUUUGUGUUACCAAUGCACUUCCAGAGUCUUGCUGCAGUUUGGAACCUGUCCGCUGUGCCGAGAGGACAUCAGGUCUCUGUUAAUAGAGUGGAGGGGGGUGUCUGGCUGAGCCUUGAAAUGCUAUUCCACCUGAAAUAAACCCUCAACUACAGUGUGACUGAAACAAAGAAAACACAAUGAGUGCCAUUAUGUGUAAUUUGGUCAUGGGGUGAGUGGGACUAAAGGGCCGUCCAGGAAAACCUGACAUGAUAAAUCUCUGGAAUCAGGUAUUAUUAGUAGAUAGGAUAAAGAGCUUUUAUUUUGAAGAAAAAUUCUGCCACAUCACUUUAUGUUUCCACCCCCCCCCCCCCCUCAAAAAAAAAGCUGUGAUCAAGUGUGUUGUAAUAAAAAGUUAUAAGAUUGUAUAUACUAUAUAUAUUGUUUAUUAUUAAUGUACAGAUAUUCUUAUUUCAACACGUUUAAAGUUUUUUGUAUUAUAAAUGUCAAGUAAAUGACAAGAAGGAAGAAGGAUCAAAACGAAAAAUAAAAAUGUUGGAUUAUUUUUAUAUUGCUUAGACUUUUUUUUACAUGUAUAUUUGUAUAAGACCGUCAAAUAAAACAACCUCUUUUUAAUGCAA